UCUACCUCUUUUUUAAAGCCACCACAACCCGCAUCCGCAUGGUCCAAAAAACGACUAGCCGUGAGCCCUUCGCCGUUCUGCAUACAAAAAGAUAUAUUUACAACUAUGAAAACUCUUAUCGGUCAAGAAGAUUGUCUUUACUUAAAUGUCUACACACCGAGUGUUAAGAAACAUUCUUUCACUAAACUUCCAGUUAUGGUUUGGUUUCACGGUGGUGGAUGGAUUAGUGGUGGUAGCGAUUAUUAUAAACCCAACUACUUGCUGGACCGCAAUAUUGUUCUCGUCACUGUGAAUUAUCGACUUGGACCGUUGGGUUUCUUGAGCACAGAGGACUCGGAAUGUCCAGGAAAUCUAGGACUGAAGGAUCAACAGCAAGCUUUGCGAUGGGUGAAGGAAAACAUUGCUUAUUUCAAUGGUGAUCCGACAAGAGUAACUAUCUUUGGUGAAAGUUCAGGUGGUGCUAGUGUUCACUAUCAUAUGGUCAGUCCUCUUUCAAAAGGAUUUUUUCAUCGCGCCAUUUCGCAAAGCGGCACCUUUUAUAACCCAUGGACUUUAAUGCCACCGGGAUCUGGCAAGAAGAAUGCCGAAACCUUAGCUAAAACAUUUAAAA